AAGGCGGGGCUCUCCGCAGCUCGCCCGAGCACAGGGUGCCCAGCGGCCGUGGCUAUGUUUGUGUCCGACUUUCGCAGGGAGUUCUAUGAGCUGGUCCAGAGCCAGAGGGUCCUUCUCUUCGUAGCCUCGGACGUGGACGCCCUGUGCGCUUGCAAGAUCCUCCAGGCCCUGUUCCAGUGCGAUCACGUGCAGUACACGCUGGUCCCGGUCUCUGGGUGGCAAGAACUGGAAACUGCGUUCCUUGAGCACAAAGAGCAGUUCCGUUAUUUUAUUCUCAUAAACUGCGGAGCUAACGUGGACCUGCUGGACAUCCUGCAGCCUGACGAGGACUCUGUAUUCUUCGUGUGCGACACCCACAGGCCCGUGAACGUGGUGAAUGUGUACAACGACACCCAGAUCAAGUUACUCAUCAAACAAGAUGACGACCUGGAGGUUCCUGCCUAUGACGAAAUCUUUCGGGAUGAAGAAGAGGACGAAGAGCAUUCGGGAAAUGACAGCGAAGACGAUGAUGGGUCAGAGCCUUCCGGGAAGCGCACACGGUUAGAGGAGGAGAUAAUGGAGCGGACCCUGAAGAGGAGGCAGCGGAGAGAAUGGGAGGCCCGGAGGAGAGACAUCCUCUUUGACUAUGAGCAGUACGAGUAUCACGGGACCUCAGCGGCCAUGGUGAUGUUUGACCUGGCGUGGAUGAUGUCCAAGGACCUGAACGACAUGUUGUGGUGGGCCAUCGUGGGACUCACAGACCAGUGGGUGCAGGACAAGAUCACGCAAAUGAAGUACGUGACGGACGUCGGCGUCCUGCAGCGCCACGUGUCCCGGCACAACCACCGAAACGAAGACGAGGAGAACACCCUCUCUGUGGACUGCACGCGCAUCUCCUUCGAGUACGACCUCCGCCUGGCACUCUACCAGCACUGGUCCCUGCACGACAGCCUGUGCAACACGAGCUACACCGCAGCCAGGUUCAAGCUCUGGUCUGUGCACGGGCAGAAGAGGCUCCAGGAGUUCCUCGCAGACAUGGGUCUUCCCCUGAAGCAGGUGAAGCAGAAGUUUCACUCCAUGGACAUCUCCUUGAAGGAGAACUUGCGGGAAAUGAUCGAAGAGUCUGCCAGUAAAUUCGGGAUGAAGGAUAUGCGUGUGCAGACUUUCAGCAUCCAUUUUGGAUUCAAGCACAAGUUCCUGGCCAGCGACGUGGUCUUUGCCACCAUGUCUCUGAUGGAGAACCCUGAGAGGGACAGCUCGGGGACGGAUCACUUCAUCCAGGCACUGGACAGUCUCUCCAGGAGUAACCUGGACAAACUGUACCACGGCCUGGAACUGGCCAAGAAGCAGCUGUGUGCCACCCAGCAGACCAUCGCCAGCUGCCUCUGCGCCAACCUCGUCAUCUCCCAGGGGCCCUUCCUCUACUGCUCGCUCAUGGAGGGCACUCCGGAUGUCACGCUGUUCUCCAAGCCUGCGUCCCUGAGCCUGCUCAGCAGACACUUGCUCAAGUCCUUUGUGUGUUCGACAAAGAACCGGCGCUGCAAGCUGCUGCCCUUGGUGAUGGCCGCCCCCUUGAGCGUGGAGCAUGGCACCGUGACCGUGGUGGGCAUCCCCCCAGAGACUGACGGCUCAGACAGGAAGAACUUUUUCGGGCGGGCGUUUGAGAAAGCGGCGGAAAGCACCAGCUCCCGGGCGCUGCACAACCAUUUUGACCUCUCAGUAAUUGAGCUCAAAGCUGAGGACCGGAGCAAGUUCCUGGAUGCCCUCGUCUCCCUCCUGUCCUGAGAAAGUGACUUCUUCAGAGCUGAACUCCACUUCUUCCUCCUUAUUUAUACGGACUGGCUUUAUUUAGAGUGUAAGUUAUGUACAGAGUUCGAGGAGCAGGGACAGGGACUUUUUUUUUUUAAUGAAAUAAA